GGUGCCCAGUUUUCAGACUGGUGGUUAAAUAGGUGUGCCUGCAAAAUGCACCCCCAUGUGCCCUCUGCUGUUACUGAAUCACCUGCAGCACUAGAGAAGGAAACCUGUCUGCAGUCAGGACUCAAAUUACGAUGAGUUGAAUAAAAUGUCUUGUGGAUUCUUUUUGGUUAAUCCUCUGUAUAAUCCCGUAGUCUUGAGGCUGCAGGUGGAAAAGCAGGAGCUGGAAAAAGCAAAUCCUUGAGGAGACAGAGAUAACUGAAGCUUUUCCCUCAAGUGUCUCAGAACUGCAGGACACAGCAUUGUCUGCUCAGCUUGUGAAAUCCGUGGUGUGUGGAUGAAGUUGUAGGACUGUUGUGUCCAACACAGGCCAGUGAGACUAAAUGGGAUUUAGCUAAAGCAGCACUGAUUAUAAAUAUCUCUGAGGAGCCACAGAGGAAUUUGGAGCUCAAUUCAGCUCAUCAUGGUCAGUUUUUCUGAAAUUACCAUAGAAGGAAUUGGAUAGGGUUUAAUUGAUUAUAUCAUAGUAGAUAAAAGGAGUUAAAGCUGCAUCUUCAUUCUGCAUUUUAGAGGAUGGUCUUACCCAUGACAUGUGAUUCUUAGUUAGUCUCAGAUUUUGUUUUUAAAAACUGGCUACAGCUUUUAUUUUUUAAAUUUAUAGUCCAGAAGAGAAAUGUGUAGGGAUCUCACGGGAAAUGCUUUGUCCACGAGCAGUGUGUUAAAUUCCGAUAAAAUGUGUGAGGUAAUUUGUACCUACAGUUUUAUCUGUUAAAGGUUAUAAAAACUUAGGGGAACUUUGGGGGUUUUGCAGGUUUCUUUUGAUCUGUUUUUGGGGGGCAGUUUUGAUUGUUUCCAGAACAGACUUUUAGUGUUCCUAGAGAGCAAGAAUGAAAGUGUUUCGGACAGUGUUGCUUCAGCAUAGGUUAUGAGGCAGGAAUUGGAUAAAAACCUUAUUUUUGCGAGGUUUUUUUAGUUCACUGUUGGAGAGCCCCUCCGUAGCUGAACGAGAACGUGUCCCGACCCUGCCUGCAGCCGGCUCUCUGCCCUCCUUGGCUGCACUUCGCUGCCGUUUGGGCUCCGUGGUUUUUCCGAGGGUCCCCUGCCCUGAGGGGCGCCGGGAGCGCCGCAAAUGGCGGCGGCGGCGGGACUACAACUCCCAGGAUGCUCCGCGCGGCGUCGCGCGGCGGCGUCAUCGCUGCGCCAGGGAGUCCGGCGAGCGCGGCCCCGACGGGCGGGAGCGGACGGAGCCCGGGGCGGCCCCGGCGGGACGGGACGGCGAGGGAUCAUGGCUCAGGACAGCGAGGAACCUCCGGCCAAGCGCUUCAAGGCGGCGCCCCCCAGCACGCAGCCCCAGGGCGCCGCGCCGCCCGCACACGUGCAGCGCCGCUCCCUGCCCAUCUCCGCAGCCCGCGGGCCGCUGCUGGCCCGGCUCCGCCGCCUCGACACCGCCGUCCUCAUCGGAGAAACAGGCUCAGGGAAGACCACUCAGCUGCCUCAGUACCUGUACGAAGCAGGGAUCGGGCACCCUGGUGUCAUCGCUGUGACCCAGCCCCGCAGGGUGGCAGCUGUCACCCUGGCUGCCAGGGUCGCCGAGGAGAAGAGGACGGAGCUGGGGAGGCUGGUCGGCUACACUGUGCGCUUCGAUGACUGCUCGUGUGCCGAGACCAGGAUCCGGUUCCUGACGGACGGGAUGCUGCUGCGGGAGGCCAUCGGGGACCCUCUGCUGCACAAGUACAGCGUGGUUGUCCUGGACGAGGCCCACGAGAGGACCAUCCACACUGACGUGCUCUUCGGAGUGGUCAAAGCUGCACAAAAGAAGAGGAAGGAGCGGGGCCUGCGGCCGCUGAAAGUGAUUGUCAUGUCAGCCACGAUGGAUGUUGACCUGUUCUCCCAGUACUUCAGUGGAGCUCCUGUCAUCUACCUGGAAGGCCGGCAGCAUCCCAUUGAGAUCUUCUACACCAAGGAGCAGCAGAGCGACUACCUGCAGGCAGCACUGGUGUCCAUCUUCCAGAUCCACCAGGAAGCCCCUGCAUGCCAGGACAUCCUGGUGUUCCUGACGGGUCAGGAAGAAAUAGAAGCAAUGACCAAAACCUGUCGAGACGUUGCCCAGCAUCUCCCCGAGGGCUGCCCACGGAUGACAGUGCUGCCCCUUUAUGCCUCUCUGCCCCACUCCCAACAGCUCCGUGCCUUUAAACCUACCCCUGAGGGCUGUCGCAAGGUGAUCCUCUCCACCAACAUCGCAGAAACCUCCAUCACCAUUGCAGGGAUCAAAUUCGUUGUGGACACAGGCAUGGUCAAAGCCAAGAAGUACAGCCCUGAAACUGGCCUGGAAGUGCUGGCAGUGCAGCAGGUGUCCAAGGCCCAGGCUUGGCAGCGCACAGGGAGAGCAGGGAGGCAGGAGAGCGGGAUCUGCUACCGGCUCUACACAGAGGAGGACUUCGAAAAGUUUGAUGAAAUGACAACACCUGAGAUACAGAGGUGUAACUUGGCCAGUGUGGUGCUUCAGCUCCUGGCCCUGAAAAUUCCCAAUGUGCUCACCUUUGACUUCAUGUCCAAACCAUCUCCUGAUGCUAUUCAAGCAGCAAUUGAUCAGCUGGACCUGCUGGGAGCUGUGACCCAAAAGGAAGGUCAGCUUGUUCUGACUCCCCUGGGAAAGAAAAUGGCAGCUUUUCCACUGGAUCCAAAAUUCUCCAAGGCCAUCCUGCUGUCCCCCAAGUUCCACUGUGCAGAGGAGAUCCUGACCAUCGUGUCACUGCUGUCAGUGGACAGUGUCCUCCACAACCCCCCUGCCCAGCGGGAUGAGGUGCAGGCUGUCAGGAGGAAAUUCAUCUCCAGUGAGGGGGAUCAUCUGACCCUGCUCAACGUCUACAGGGCCUACAAGAACGUCAACGGGCACAAGGGAUGGUGCAGAGAGAACUUUAUCAACGGCAGGAACAUGAAGCUGAUGGCAGAAGUCAGAGCUCAGCUCAGGGACAUUUGUGUAAAGCUGUCGAUGCCUCUCGAGUCGUGCCGCGGGGACACGGCCAGCGUGCGGCGCUGCCUGGCGCACAGCCUGUUCAUGAACGCGGCCGAGCUGCGGCCCGACGGCUCCUACGGCACGGUGGACUCGCAGCAGGUGGUGGCCAUCCACCCCUCCUCGGUGCUGUUCCAGGCCCGGCCGGCCUGCGUGGUGUUCAACGCGCUGCUGCGCACCAACAAGUGCUACAUGCGCGACCUGUGCGUGGUGGACGCCGAGUGGCUGCACGAGGCCGCGCCCGACUACUUCCGCAGGAAGCUCCGCACGGCCAAGGGCUGACCGACCCCUGGAGAUGGGACCAGCCUGUGCUGGUGGGUUUUUGUUAAACUGAGUUCUGUAUUCAGUGGUUCUUCCCUGUUUCCCCCCGCUCGAUGCAUUGGGUGCUGUCCAGGCUGACCCCGUUUUUGUCUCUUUGUCUACCUCUCCUAUCCCUGCCCUGUCCUUAGAAGCUUUAGUCAGCUGUCCAUCAUCCCCCUGACCCUGCCCUAUGUUAUGGAAAAACCCCUGUCCGUCUGUCCUGGGGGCAAUCACCUGCUUGUUCCACACCCUCCACCCCUCAGUUUUAAAGCAGGUGUGGGAUUUGUUCCUGGCUCCUUUUCGUACCCCAUGUUGGGGAAUAAAGAUCUCUGGGAAAUUGUAUGAAAAGGAGCCUUCUCUAGCCCUUGCUCUGAAGUCUAGACGCCACAACACCUGUUGCUGUAGAAGAACAGCCUUGUUCUGCACCGUUACCUGAACCUGCUGGCAGAUUUGGGAACAGCCCUUGGCACAGCCGGGAGUCAGAGCCAGCUGGGAUUCUUCCAGCCAUGUCACCAGCUGGCUCAGCUUCGCCUUGAAAGACUUAUUUUUAUUAAAAAAAAAUUAAUGAAUAUAUGUUGUCUAGGUUUGAGAAGACAGGUGUCUGCCAGGGAAAACUGGAGUUUCCCUUGGAAUGGAGAAUGUAAACCCCCUUCCUCCAAAUUAUUAGAAUUUUUCAGUUAAGGGCUUUCAGGCAAAGUUUUGGGAGAUGGAAUAACAGUUCUUUAUUAUGAAUAUUAAAAAUACAAAUUAUCAGAAGGCAUCCACCCUCCUCCCCCCUGGAGUUACAAGAGAUAAAGGAAAACAUCUCCCCAACUACUUUCAACAGAUGAAAUAGAAUACACAUUUUUUUGGUUACAUAACCCACGACAAUGUAUAACCUCAUUUUUUACAGGCAGGGUAAUUGAAGUGUGCUUAAGGAAGGGGAUGGGUAUUUAUUUUGAUUGGAUUUUGUAUGUUUUUUCCAGAAUAAAGAAGUGACAGUGAAAAUAUGAA